AUGGUGUUGAUGAACACUAAGGUCGACAAGUCCAAACAAACGAAGGACAAAUAUGUCAUGAGGAACGGGAAGAUUGUUCUCAAUAGACCACACCAGCCAUCCGCGCAAACUUCCUCAGCUCCGGCGUCAGUAUCGCGCAAGACCAGCGCGCCUGCUCACCCCAGCAGCGCAGCGGACAAGCACAAGCGCAACACACCAGCCAAGUCUGCAAACCUCAGCGCACCAUCCGUGAAGCGCAAAGCCUCGUCACCUGCUACACCUCACUUCGACGACGAUGACUCCUCCUCCGACAGCGACGAUGACAGCCAAGCGGGAUCACGCAAGCGCCAGAAGAGUAGCUCGCACAGUUCGCUCGAGCCGGAGGUGCAGCUCAAGGGGAGAAGCAUAAGGAGGAAGGGCACGGAUACCAGUGGCGCAGACCGGAUGAUGUCUGGAGCCAAACUGGUUGCCAGCAUGCCCACCAGCAAGUUCACCAACGCCUUCCCCGACGGUUCAGACUCGCUAGCUAGCAUCAAGCUGCAGUAUCCAAGCAAUAUGCCGCGGGAACGCUUCACCCUCGUUAUCCCCCAUGAAAGUGACGAGUACGCACCCCUCGACGACAUAAUCACGACAGUAGAGCAGAUCCUCCGCUUCUACUUCCCACCCGAGAUAAGCGAACCGCUGCUAGAUGAUAGCAACGGUAUCCCUCGUCGUCUCAAGCGCGCUGCCAACCCCGGAAAGUCCAGCCUCGCCAACUUCAAAGCCACAAUCGCCGAGUUUAACGAACUCGUCAGCAAUGCGCUGGCAGACGGCACCAUUGCCAAGGUCCUCGACGCGAAGCGAUCCAUUCCUCUCGCUCUGAUCCAGCGCAUCCUCGACCAAGUCUACUCGCGCCGCGUCUCAUCCAACGUGCGCGAGCUCAAGCAGUACGAGAACGGCGGAAACAACGUCUACGGCGAGCUCUUACCACCGCUCGUGACGGCGAUACUGCAGCAAACAGGCCUGACGCACGGCCAAGUCUUUGUGGAUCUCGGCUCUGGCGUCGGCAACGUUGUCCUACAAGCCGCACUCGAGACAGGCGCCAAGAGCUGGGGCGUGGAAGAGAUGGCCAACCCAGCGCGGGCAGCCGAACGGCAGUCGGAGGAGUUUAUGCAGCGCACACGCCUGUGGGGUCUCACCGCUGGGGGCAUUAGGCUGCUGCAUUCCGACUUCACGCAGAGUCCUGAGAUCGACAACGUGCUGAAGCAUGCGGACGUCGUGCUGAUCAACAACCAGGCCUUCAGCCCCGAGCUCAAUGACAAACUGCUCCUGAAGUUCCUCGACCUGAAGGAGGGGUGCAAGAUUGUCAGCCUGAAGAGCUUCGUACCGACCAGCCACCGCAUUGCUCAGCAUACCAUCCAUGAUGUCAGGAACACGCUCAGGGUUGAGCCGAAGGAGUACUUCUCGGGCUCUGUUAGCUGGACAGAUGCUGGUGGGGAGUACUUCAUCGCUACCAAGGACCGGUCGGCGCUUGAGGAAUUCAUGGAGCAACUGAACAAGGCUAAGAGGUGA